CAAUAUACAAAAGCAGCAGAUAUUUACUCAUUUGGAAUAAUAAUGAACGAAUUUCUUUCUGAAGAAAUUCCUUUUAAUGAUAUUCCUCAUAAUGAAUUUUUAGCUAUUAAAAUAUGUAAAGGACUUAGACCAACAAUUUCUAAAGACAUACCAAAAUUACUUGCAGAUUUAAUAAUAAAAUGUUGGGAUGCUGAAAUAAAGAAUAGACCGACCACUAAAGAAUUGUAUCAACUAUUAAUAUCAAUAGUCAAAAUAGUGAAAUAUAUUUUCAAUUAAAAGAAUG